CGCGCGGCCCCGGCCCGGCCGCUCUCCCGGCCUCGCGCUGCACAUUCUCUCCUGGCGGCGGCGCCACCUGCAGCAGCGUUCGCCCGAACAUGGCGACACGGAGUAGCAGGAGGGAGUCGCGACUCCCCUUCCUAUUCGCCCUGGUCGCGCUGCUGCCGCCCGGGGCUCUCUGCGAGGUCUGGACGCAGACCCUGCACGGCGGCCGCGCGCCGUUGCCCCAGGACCAGGGCUUCCUCGUGGUGCAGGGCGACCCGAGCGAGCUGCGGCUGUGGGCGCGCGAGGCUACCCGGGGGGCGGACGAGAAGCCGCUCCGGAGGCGACGGAGCGCUCCCCUGCAGCCAGAGCCCAUCAAGGUGUACGGACAGGUUAGUCUGAAUGAUUCCCACAAUCAGAUGGUGGUGCACUGGGCCGGAGAGAAAAGCAACGUGAUUGUGGCCUUAGCCCGAGACAGCCUGGCGUUGGCGAGGCCCAAGAGCAGUGAUGUGUAUGUGUCUUACGACUAUGGAAAGUCAUUCAAGAAAAUCUCACAGAAGUUGAACUUCGGUGUGGGAAAUAACAGUGAAGUUGUGAUCUCCCAGUUCUACCACAGUCCUGCGGACAACAGGCGUUACAUCUUUGUGGAUGCUUACGCCCAGUACCUCUGGAUCACGUUUGACUUCUGCAACACUGUCUACGGCUUUUCCAUCCCAUUCCAGGCAGCUGAUCUCCUUCUGCAUAGUAAGGCUGCCAACCUUCUCCUGGGCUUUGACAGGUCUCACCCCAACAAGCAGCUAUGGCUGUCGGAUGAUUUUGGCCAGACCUGGAUCUUGAUUCAGGAACAUGUGAAGUCCUUUUCUUGGGGAGUUGAUCCCUAUGACAAGCCAAACACCAUCUACAUUGAACGGCAUGAACCCUUUGGCUACUCCACAGUUUUCCGAAGUACAGACUUCUUCCAGUCCCUGGGGAACCAGGAAGUGAUCCUCGAGGAAGUGAAAGACUUUCAGCUUCGGGACAAGUACAUGUUUGCUACAAAGGUGGUGCCUCUCUGGGGCAGUCAGAAGCCAUCUUCUGUCCAGCUCUGGGUCUCCUUUGGCCGGAAGCCCAUGCGAGCAGCCCAGUUUGUCACAAGACAUCCUAUUAAUGAAUAUUACAUCGCGGAUGCCUCCGAGGACCAGGUGUUUGUGUGUGUCAGUCAUAGCAACAACCGAACCAACUUAUACAUCUCGGAGGCAGAGGGGCUGAAGUUCUCGCUGUCCUUGGAGAACGUGCUCUAUUACAGCCCAGGAGGGGUGGGCAGUGACACCUUGGUGAGGUAUUUUGCAAAUGAACCAUUUGCUGACUUCCACCGUGUGGAAGGGUUACAAGGAGUCUACAUCGCUACUCUGAUUAAUGGUUCCAUGAGUGAGGAGAACAUGAGAUCGGUCAUCACCUUUGACAAAGGGGGAACCUGGGAAUUCCUUCAAGCUCCAGCCUUCACAGGAUACGGAGAGAAAAUCAAUUGUGAGCUCUCGCAGGGCUGUUCCCUCCACCUGGCCCAGCGGCUGAGCCAGCUGCUCAACCUCCAGCUCCGGAGGAUGCCCAUCCUCUCCAAGGAGUCGGCUCCCGGUCUCAUCGUUGCCACCGGUUCAGUGGGAAAGAACUUGGCAAGCAAGACGAACGUGUACAUCUCUAGCAGUGCUGGAGCCCGGUGGCGAGAGGCUCUUCCCGGACCUCACUACUACACUUGGGGAGAUCAUGGCGGCAUCAUCAUGGCCAUCGCCCAGGGCAUGGAAACCAAUGAGCUGAAAUACAGUACCAAUGAAGGAGAGACCUGGAAGACAUUCAUCUUCUCCGAGAAGCCAGUGUUUGUAUAUGGGCUCCUCACGGAACCUGGAGAGAAGAGCACCAUUUUCACCAUCUUUGGCUCCAAUAAGGAGAAUGUCCACAGCUGGCUGAUCCUCCAGGUCAACGCCACGGGUGCCUUGGGGGUUCCCUGCACAGAGAAUGACUACAAGCUGUGGUCACCGUCUGAUGAGCGGGGCAACGAGUGUUUGCUUGGACACAAGACUGUUUUCAAACGGAGGAUACCCCACGCAACGUGCUUUAAUGGAGAAGACUUUGACAGGCCAGUGGUCGUGUCCAACUGCUCCUGCACCCGAGAGGACUAUGAAUGUGACUUCGGCUUCAAGAUGAGUGAAGACUUGGCAUUGGAAGUUUGUGUUCCAGAUUCUGAGUUUCCUGGGAAGGCGUACUCCCUGCCCGUGCCCUGUCCUGUGGGUUCUACUUACAGGAGAACGAGAGGCUAUCGGAAGAUUUCUGGGGAUACUUGUAGUGGAGGAGAUGUUGAAGUGCGACUGGAAGGAGAACUGGUCCCGUGUCCCUUGGCAGAGGAGAACGAAUUCAUCCUGUAUGCCACACGGAAGUCCAUCCACCGCUACGACCUGGCCUCAGGAGCCACUGAGCAGUUGCCUCUCACCGGGUUGCGGGCGGCGGUGGCCCUGGACUUUGACUAUGAGCACAACUGCUUGUAUUGGUCUGACCUGGCCUUGGACAUCAUCCAGCGCCUUUGUUUGAAUGGGAGCACAGGGCAAGAGGUGAUCAUCAAUUCCGGCCUGGAGACAGUGGAAGCCUUGGCUUUUGAACCUCUUAGCCAGUUACUCUACUGGGUGGAUGCUGGCUUUAAAAAGAUUGAGGUAGCUAAUCCAGACGGCGACUUCCGACUCACGAUCGUCAAUUCCUCCGUGCUCGAUCGGCCCAGGGCUCUGGUCCUCAUGCCCCAAGAAGGAGUGAUGUUCUGGACCGACUGGGGAGACCUGAAGCCUGGUAUUUAUCGGAGCAACAUGGACGGUUCCGCUGUCCAUCGUCUUGUGUCAGAGGAUGUGAAGUGGCCCAACGGUAUCUCGGUGGAUGACCGGUGGAUCUACUGGACAGACGCCUAUCUGGACUGCAUUGAGCGGAUCACCUUCAGUGGCGAGCAGCGCUCGGUCAUCCUGGACAACCUCCCACACCCCUACGCCAUUGCUGUCUUUAAGAGUGAAAUCUACUGGGAUGACUGGUCACAACUCAGCAUAUUCCGAGCCUCCAAAUACAGCGGGUCCCAGAUGGAGAUUCUGGCAAGCCAGCUCUCGGGGCUGAUGGACAUGAAGAUUUUCUACAGGGGGAAAACAACUGGAAGCAAUGCCUGUGUGCCCCGGCCAUGCAGCCUGCUGUGCCUGCCCAAGGCCAACAACGGUAAAAGCUGCAGGUGUCCAGAGGGUGUGUCCAGCAGUGUCCUCCCAUCCGGGGACCUGAUGUGUGAGUGCCCUCGGGGCUAUCAGCGGAGGAACAACACCUGUGUGAAAGAAGAGAACACCUGUCUCCGGAACCAGUAUCGCUGCAGCAACGGGAAGUGCAUCAACAGCAUUUGGUGGUGUGAUUUUGACAACGACUGUGGAGACAUGAGUGAUGAGAGAAACUGCCCAACUACCAUUUGUGAUCUGGACACCCAGUUCCGUUGUCAGGAGUCUGGGUCCUGUAUCCCACUCUCCUAUAAAUGUGACCUUGAGGAUGACUGUGGAGACAACAGCGACGAAAGUCACUGUGAAAUGCACCAGUGCCGGAGCGACGAAUACAAUUGCAGCUCUGGCAUGUGCAUCCGCUCCUCCUGGGUGUGUGACGGGGACAACGACUGCAGGGACUGGUCUGAUGAAGCCAACUGUACUGCCAUCUAUCACACCUGUGAGGCCUCCAACUUCCAGUGUCACAAUGGGCACUGCAUCCCCCAGCGGUGGGCUUGUGAUGGUGACAUGGAUUGCCAAGAUGGUUCUGAUGAGGAUCCGGUCAACUGUGAGAAGAAGUGCAAUGGAUUCCGCUGCCCGAAUGGCACCUGCAUCCCAUCCGGCAAACACUGCGACGGUCUGCGGGACUGCUCGGAUGGCUCGGACGAACAGCACUGUGAGCCCCUCUGCACACGCUUCAUGGACUUUGUGUGUAAGAACCGCCAGCAGUGCCUGUUCCACUCCAUGGUUUGUGACGGGAUCGUCCAGUGCCGCGACGGCUCCGAUGAGGAUGCGGUGUUUGCAGGAUGCUCCCACGACCCCGAGUUCCACAAGGUGUGUGAUGAGUUCAGUUUCCAGUGUCAGAAUGGAGUGUGCAUCAGUUUGGUUUGGAAAUGCGACGGGAUGGAUGACUGUGGUGAUUACUCUGAUGAAGCCAACUGUGAAAACCCCACGGAAGCCCCAAACUGCUCCCGCUACUUCCAGUUCCAGUGUGAGAAUGGCCACUGCAUCCCCAACAGGUGGAAAUGUGACAGGGAGAACGACUGUGGGGACUGGUCUGAUGAGAUGGACUGUGGAGAUUUACGUAUUCUUCCCUCCCCUACUCCUGGGCCCUCUACAUGUCUGCCCAAUUACUACCGCUGCAGCAAUGGGGCCUGCGUGAUGGACAGCUGGGUGUGUGAUGGCUACCGAGAUUGUGCAGAUGGCUCUGACGAGGAAGCCUGCCCCUCACCUGCAAAUGUCGCUACUGCCUCCACUCCCACCCAGCUUGGGCGAUGUGACCGGUUUGAGUUCGAGUGCCGCCAGCCAAAGAAGUGUAUCCCCAACUGGAAGCGCUGUGAUGGCCAUCAGGAUUGCCAGGACGGCCAGGAUGAGGCCAAUUGUCCCACACGCAGCACCUUGCCCUGUAUGAGCAGUGAGUUCCAGUGUGAGGAUGGCGAGGCCUGCAUCGUGCUCUCCGAGCGCUGCGACGGCUUCCUGGACUGCUCGGACGAGAGUGACGAGAGAGACUGCAGCGAUGAGUUAACUGUGUACAAAGUACAGAAUCUUCAGUGGACAGCUGACUUCUCUGGGGAUGUAACUCUGACCUGGAUGCGGCCCAAAAAAAUGCCGUCUGCUUCUUGUGUAUAUAACGUCUACUACAGGGUGGUUGGAGAGAGCAUCUGGAAGACUCUGGAGACCCACAGCAAUAAAACAAACAUGAUAUUAAAAGUCUUGAAGCCAGAUACCACAUAUCAGGUUAAAGUCCAGGUCCAAUGUCUGAGCAAGGUGCAUAAUACCAAUGACUUCGUGACACUGAGGACUCCAGAAGGAUUGCCAGAUGCCCCUCAAAAUCUCCAGCUGUCACUGCACAGGGAAGUGGAAGGUGUGAUUGUGGGCCACUGGACUCCGCCUGUCCACACCCACGGCCUCAUCCGUGAGUACAUUGUAGAAUACAGCAGGAGUGGUUCCAAGAUGUGGGCCUCCCAGAGGGCUGCUAGUAACUUUACAGAAAUAAGGAACUUACUGGUCAACGCACAGUACACUGUCCGAGUGGCUGCGGUGACUAGUCGUGGAAUAGGAAACUGGAGCGAUUCUAAAUCCAUUACCACCAUAAAAGGAAAAGUGAUCCCACCACCAGAUAUCCACAUUGACAGCUAUAGUGAGAAUUCUCUAAGCUUUACCCUGACCAUGGAUAAUGACAUCAAGGUGAAUGGCUAUGUGGUGAACCUUUUCUGGGCAUUUGACACCCACGCACAGGAGAAGAGAACAUUGAACUUCCGAGGGACCAUGUUGUCACACAAAGUUGGCAAUCUGACAGCUCAUACGGCCUAUGAGAUUUCUGCCUGGGCCAAAACCGACUUGGGGGAUAGUCCUCUGGCAUUUGAGCAUGUCAUGACCAAAGGGGUCCGCCCACCCACUCCUAGCCUCAAAGCAAAGGCCGUCAAUCAGACUGCAGUGGAAUGCACCUGGACUGGCCCCAGGAAUGUGGUUUAUGGUAUUUUCUAUGCUACGUCCUUUCUUGACCUCUACCGCAAUCCAAAGAGCUUGACCACUUCGCUCCACAACACGACAGUCAUUGUCAGUGGGGAUGAGCAGUAUUUGUUUCUGGUGCGGGUGGUGGUGCCCUACCAAGGGCCGUCCUCUGACUAUGUUGUGGUGAAGAUGAUCCCGGACAGCAGGCUUCCGCCCCGUCACCUGCAUGCUGUUCAUGUCACUAAAACCUCAGCUGUCCUCAAGUGGGAGUCCCCAUAUGAUUCUCCUGACCAGGACUUGUUAUAUGCAAUUACAGUGAAAGAUCUAAUUAGAAAAAGCGACAGGAGUUACAAAGUGAGAUCCCACAACAGCACUGUGGAAUACACCCUUAACAAGUUGGAACCUGGAGGGAAAUACCAUGUCAUUGUCCAACUGGGGAACAUGAGCAAAGAUACCAAUAUAAAAAUUACCACAGUUUCAUUAUCAGCACCUGAUGCCUUAAAAAUCAUAACAGAAAAUGACCACGUUCUUCUGUUUUGGAAGAGUCUAGCUUUGAAGGAAAAGCAAUUCAAUGAAAGCAGGGGCUACGAGAUACACAUGUUUGAUAGUGUCAUGAAUAUCACAGCUUACCUUGGGAAUACUACUGACAAUUUCUUUAAAAUUUCCAACCUGAAAUUGGGUCAUAAUUACACUUUCACUGUCCAAGCAAGAUGCCUUUUUGGCAGCCAGAUUUGUGGGGAGCCUGCUGUCCUGCUGUAUGAUGAUUUGGGGUCUGGUGGGGAUGCGUCAGCGUUUCAGGCCGCCAGAUCUACUGAUGUUGCUGCUGUGGUGGUGCCCAUCUUGUUCCUGAUACUGCUCAGCCUGGGGGUCGGGUUUGCCGUCCUGUACACAAAACAUCGGAGGCUGCAGAGCAGCUUCACUGCUUUUGCCAACAGCCACUACAGCUCCAGGCUGGGCUCGGCCAUCUUCUCCUCCGGGGAUGACCUGGGGGAGGAUGAUGAAGAUGCUCCUAUGAUAACUGGAUUUUCAGACGACGUCCCCAUGGUGAUAGCCUGAAAGAGCUUUCCUCACUAGAAACCAAAUGGUGUAAAUAUUUUAUUUGAUAAAGAUAGUUGAUGGUUUAUUUUAAAAGAUGCACUUUGAGUUGCAAUAUGUUAUUUUUAUAUGGGCCAAAAACAAAACAAAAAGAGAAAAAAAGGAAAGAAAAGAAUGAAUAAACUUUGUAGUAAUCAACUGUGAACUUCAAACCAGGUUGAUUUUAGUAACCAAAUUGCUUUGAUUUGAUAUUAAUGUAGUCUUACAGGGCUGUGCUUGCGGGCCGUGCUUUUGAGUCUGUGAGAUAAUUUUGGUUCACUAAAUUGACCAUUCUUUUUAUUUUUCUAAGACACAGAAAUGUAUUUAAUUAAUAAAAACUUCAAGAGAGAGUGAUGGGUGGAAUCCCUCCUCCUUGAAAGUAUGCUCAAAAUUUAAAUUUUGUUUGGAUUUAGUUUGUAUGAAAGUGUUUGGCUGUAUUAUGAGGGAAGGUUCUUUUAUGUUAUUUUGUUAAUUUAUUGGGACUCUGUAUAAAGGCAAGGCUCAGUGGUCGUCUGACACCACACAUGCUAUGAGCCCCUUGCCUGUAGGGUUGAGGGGCGGGAAACAGAAGCGAUUCUGUUGCCAUUCUGGAAACAAUCCAUUUUUAUUCACUUGUGUGUCACAUAAUGGUAUUUGGCAGGAGAGCACAUUGAGUCAUUGCUCAAUUUCAGUUAAACAGAGCUGAAGCCUGAGAAGCCCUGCAAACCACAGCUUUCUCUCUUAUAUUAAUUGAUGGCAUCUUACUGUAUAUGCCUCUGUACAAGAUGGAGCUUUCAAAGCUGCAAAAUGAUAGCACUGCUUUAUUAUACACUGGUGUCAUUGUCAUUGCAAAAAAUUACUCUGGUUGUGGGAGAGAGUUCUAGAUCUGUGCCAUGAUAGAUACACUGGCAAAGACAGUACCUAAGUUUUCCUUUUUUGCUUUUGUGUUUUUACUUACCACUGAAGAAUCGCGAAUGUCAAGUUUUGUAUUUGUGUUAAGGUGGCCACUUACUGUCCUGAAAGUCCAUACUGAUAUAUGCAGUCAUGUUGAAUUGGUCAGUGCCUUCUCUUUCUUUGCUUCCGCCCCUUUGCCCGUACCCCUGCCCAGUUUAAAGAGAAAGUGCUUACAGAGAUAUAGGAGAUCUAUGAAUUUGAGACCAUUCAAUCCAGUUCACAGUAGCAGGAACACGAGAGUUUAUUCUCUCCGUACAAUAAGCUGGGCUUCUUUUCUUCUGCCUUUAAAUGCCACCCCUGUACUCCAAUCAUGGCCACUUGAUAGGCACGUGGAGUCCAUUGUGGACUGAUGCCCACCCUUUAGACGUAGUGUUGUAGGCACCAAUGUCUGGCAUUGUUGUGACUCCUACUGUAUGGACCUCACUGCAGGACUUCUUCCCAGCCAAGAAGCAGUGAGCUCUGGGAAUAUUCCAAAGUCAUGCUUCUGCAUAUGUGUCCUUUAUAUGCAAGCUUUGUAAACCCCCACCUCCUCCUAGAUGUAGUGCAUCACCUUCUUACAUGUAUUUACUUUCUUUUAACCAAAAGUAUCCUUCUUGGGUAAUAAUAUAAUUUCAUUUUACCUAGAGACUGUUUGGAAAACCAAGAGUUUAGUUUAAAUUUUUUAGUUUUUAAGUUUUUUAUUUAUAUAUAUAUAUUUUGGAUGAGGAGUAUUUUAAAUGGUAGGCAUUUAGUAUGUCGUGUGGGUAAGGCUCCAUUUUAUUUUAACAAGUGGUGGUCAUGGUAAGCCUCCUCCUAGCACAUUUUCUCUUCUUUCCUAUCUCUCUCCUUCAUUAUUUUGUUAAAGACUGGAAUUUCUUUGGCUUUAUCUUGUCUUACCUUGGAGUUUUAUUCAAAACUCUAAGCCCUACCACCUCCCCUUUAAUAAGCUCUUAAAGUAGCUGAAAGAUUAACAGUCUGGUAGGAGGCAAGUCAUUUAAUUGAACCACUGGAAAGUAUAUUUUCUUCUUUUCUUUUCCUGCCAACUUUUUGGUGGCAUUUGUAAAAGCUCAUAUAAAAGGCUCUGAGACUUUAUUUUCACUUUUUCCAUAGGCAAGCCUUUUUACAGAGCAUAUGUCUCCACUUGGCAACUUGAGAUAUUUCUGAGCAUCCAGUUCUAGCUCCCAGUGCCUCCCAAUGCUUAGUGCACAGUACUGUAUAGACCAGCCAUCACCCCUCUCCUUGGAAAAUGCCACUGUGCUGUUUGAGAAAAAGCAGCCUUUUAGGGCUAGAGUAUUUUAUAUACACAGAAGAGCUAAGUUCCUGAAGACUAAGCUAGAUAGAUGCAGCUAUGUGUAAAUUGUAUAUUUUUAUGAACUUUUGAAGCACGCACUCUUACUUCCCUCCGCAUAGCUUUGUGGGGUUUUGAUGUAUAUGUGCCGUCUGCAAGAGUCCAGAGGCUGGGGAGACAAUAGGAAGUGAAAGCAAAAACUACCUGCAGCCUUUGAAGGUGACCAGAUAAUUGUCUUCACUGUGAACAAUUGGAGCCCCUGGUUGUUUUUGAAGAAGGGGCUUUUGUGUCUCUUUGGAGAUGCCACCUCAAAAGUUCACACUGUACAGGGAAAAAGUUUUAUUCUCUCCCGGGAUACAUUAGAA